AUGAACCAUGUCCUGGCAAAUGCCAUUGGCACCGGAACUGCUUGGACCGCGCUUUUGCUGCUCAAAGCUCAAAUGCCACAUCCCAAAGAUGACCAGAAAUCCAUAACACCGCCACAGGAGCCACUUGAUGACAAGUCCUUCGUUGUCCGCGAACGCUGGUACUACCCGCCAGAUAUCGCGGACGACCUGAAGGACAUAGAUCUUCCUUUCCGGGUCAAGCAGGAGAUCUUUGCGACUGCAUGGGAGUAUACCCGCUGUGUUAUCCCUGAAUAUACCAAUUGGUCACGAUAUGUCGCCUUCAUGCGCAUCAUCGUCAUGGGUAUCAUUGCAGAGUUCCGUGGUAGCCUCAUGGACGUGGCCAAUGACGACAAUGUCGUGGGUUACAGUCUCACCGAAGUGCUGAACACCUUGUGCGCCGGAACAAAGGGCCAUGACGAAAUGUGCCGCGAAUACCGCUGUUUUCUCCUAAUGUCAUCCCAAAAAUCCCGCCACCAGACAAACACCACGCUAUUCCGCCGAUACAGUGUCGCUCUCUCCAAAAGCCCGUGGCAAUUCUUCCGCAUGCGCGACACCGACGCUCUCGCCCGCUUUACCAUCGGCGUCGCCCUCGCCUGCAACGACCUCGACGACAUCUGGUUCACCUCGGCCCAAUUUGACAUCAUGGCCGAAAUUGGCAACACAAUGUACGACGGCAUAUCCUACUGGAAGCACCGUUCCGAAGGCGAGAUCAACAGCACUUUCGCAUACGUCUCAGAAGACAAGCGCGUGCUGGCGUAUCAUAAAUGCCGUGAGGCGCUCUGGGCACUGGACGUGGCUUGGGCGAGGAAACCGGAGUUGAAAUGCGUCAUCAAUUUUCUCCGCUACUUCGGGGGACCAAUUCAUAUGAUUAUGCGACGGUACCGGUUUGUGGAGGAGGGGCUUACGCUGGGGAAGCCGGAGACUAAGCGGGUUAUUGCGCAGACUCGCAGCAAUGUUAAGCUGUGGAAUCGGCUUGAUGAGCAGAAGAAGACGGAGAAGCAGAAACUGGAGAGCCUUGAGCAGUAUCGUCAUGUUCUAUCUCAAGAGGAUGUCUUGUUGUUUGAUGGGUUGGCUCCGAUGUUAGAACGGGCUGAUGAAGGUUUGUGCUCUGAGUGCAGUUAUCGGGAGACGUAUGGUGCACCGCAGCCUCAUACCUUUGGUGGAGUCGUCCUUUGUGAAGGGUGUAAGCACAGAUGGGGGGUGUAUACUGAGAGUGUGCUCGAGCGUAUGGUCAAGUGCUUUCCAGAGGCUGCUGAGACAGUUCGUUUGAGUGAGGCGCGCGCGGCCUGA